AUGGCCAAAGUAGAGAGAACCAAAAACCUGCCUUUUGUCCGAGGCGAUAUCGCCAGAUUCCGUCAUUAUGCCGGAGUCCCUUUGAACCCCUACAAUGGUCCAAAUAUCGGGACCAUCUUCACAUUCAGUGAAACGCCUCUGGAGAACGGACUUUCACCCGCUGACCGCUUAUUCUUGUUCGAGACAGCCUCGCAUAUCAACAAGCACCUCGAACAAGCCGUGGAAGCCUUGGAGGGGAAACGAGUACUCAGAUUCAAUCAGGGUGUUGCCUCAUUAUUGAGAAUUGGUUCAUCUGCGGAGGUGGUCACUGACCCUAAAAGCGAACAAGUCUCGUCAGUCGCGCAGUCCGGACAAGAGCCUCUAGUAUCUAACCUAUAUGCGAAUUCUGUUUUGCGCCUAUAUCGCCUAGCUUCAAGCCUACUCUAUGAUACCUUCGAAUUCGAUGGUGUCAGGAUUCAAGAAGUGGGCUUAUCUGGUGCCGUUAUUAACAACAACCCUGAUUGGAAUCGUUCCAGCCUUUUGGCACAGCAUCUUGGUCCAGGCAUAAGUGAGCCCCAAGAACCCUCUCCAGAACUUAUAGAAAAGCUGUUAGAUUGGUUUCCACAUGGCGGUAUCAUUCAGCUGUUGGGCGAGUCGGGCGAUGUUGUUGCUGCAACGAGUGCGCACGACGUAGCCCCUGUGGUUGAUCCGAUGAUAUGUGCUGAGAUCCCGAGAACAUUUCCAGGAGCUCAGCAGAUAAUUAUAAUGCCUCUUUGGGACACCUAUCAUGAACGGAACAUUGGGGUAGUUCUGGGGUUUGCCAAUGAUCAGUCAAGAGUUUAUCUGGGCUCUACAGAUCUCUCUUCGAUUUCAGCAUUUUGCACUACAAUCAUGACGCAGGUGCGGCGCCUUGAAGUACAAGCUAUGGACAAGAUCAAGUCGGACUUUCUCGGUUCGGUGUCUCACGAGAUGCGAACACCUCUUCAUGGCAUUUUGUCCAGCCUCGAACUUCUAGCUGAUACGCCCUAUAACGAACACCAGCACGACUUGCUGGAGACUGCACGCUACAGCGGCAUUUCUUUACUUGACACUAUUGAUCGUGUGUUACACUUCAGUAACAUUAGCUCCGAAGCGCGGAUGUCAGACGAGACAGCCUCAAACGGAUCGGCAGGACCGCUAUCACAUCAAUGGAGCUUACUAAAUAAUCAAUCUACGAUCUCUCCUACGAGAACCGGCAACCCAAACAUGGUUUACGUUUGCGAAGAAAUAGUACACAGAGAGUCGCGGAGACUGCGGCUGAAGGAGACUGAUAAUGCUUUGAAGUUUGGAGAGCCGAGUGGCUGUGUUCGCGUCUCCGUAGACGUUGAUGAGGCUUCUAUCAAGCUCUCGCUCGUAGACGGCGGCAAAGGCAUCGCUUCGGACUUUCUUCGGUAUUCUAUCUUCGACCCAUUCUCGCAAGAGGACCCUACCACGGAAGGGACCGGUCUUGGACUUUCUAUAGUCAAACGUACCACUAACAUUCUGGGCGGCAAAUUGGAAGUAGAUUCAAGCGAGACACGCGGAUCAACUUUCACUGCCACGUUUCCCUUGGGGCGGGUAAUAGUAGGAUCCUCACAAGACACAACAAACCUCCCAAUUCAUAAAUCAGAAUCUGCCGCCGAAGCGUUACCCCAACUUGAGAUGAGUCUCUUCCCACCAAGGCGAUGGGAAACAGGAGACACUGUUCGAGGUAGACGGUGUACGAGUAUGCUGUCUGCAUCGCUCAUGCGAGGCUUGAACAGAUGGUUCCAAACCACCGUCGUUCCCUGGCAGACUACAAGUACGCAGUUGCGCCUGAUUUUCCUCUUGUACGAGGAUCUGCAAGAUGCAGCCCAGGCCCACGACGAUACCGGUGAUGUUAAACGCAUCAUUCUUUGUCCAGAUCUUAGUAGUGUCCCUAGCCUGGAGAUGAUAUCGUUGGACAACACUGCCGCUAUCACUGGACCUAUAACACUUUCAAGUCUCCAAGAAGCGUUGGCAACUUUAUUCCCUGGCCAAAUUGCCGCCCCGGAACCACAUGGUACUCUUGACCACGGAGCUGGGAUAGAAAAAGACCAAGAAGAGUCGCAUGAGAUCAUAGACAAGAGCAAAAAACAGGAGAGUGGGGAAGAAUCUGACCAGGCCGUAUCUCACUUGCUAGCCAAUCUGGCAAUCGAAAGUAAACAUCACGAGAGUGACCACGGCAGCCCAAAGCCGGGAGUGACACCCACGGCUGACACGGCAGAGUCAUGGGAAGUAGCGAUAUCCGACGCACCCAUAGCAGAUCAGACAAGGAAACAGGACACUCCGCAAGAAGAGAAGCAGGUGAACUUGGGCCCUCCCGUGCCGUCAGAUCUAGCCAGUGCAGAGCCUAGACUACUACUCGUGGACGACAACGCGGUAAAUCUCAAGGUACUCAGCAUGUAUGCACGAAGAUGCAGCAAGACACCCUCAACUUCUGUGAGCGGCGGCCAAGAAGCCAUUGACGCAUUCAACGGCGCACUGCUGGACGGAGAUGGCGGCUCGCAGCGCUUCGAUCUCAUUUUCCUCGACCUUUCUAUGCCCGUCGUAUCGGGCUUUGAGGUUGCGAGGCAAAUCCGCGAGACCGAAGCUCGGAUGAAGGACGAGUUCCGCACGUAUAUUUGUGCGCUCACGGGUCUUGUCAGUGCGAAGGAUCGAAACGCCGCAUAUGCAUCGGGCGUUGAUCAGUAUCUUGUCAAGCCCACGAAGCUGAAGGAUUUGCAGAGCGUCGUUCAGUGUUGGCGAAAUAGCCUAGAUCGUAAAUGA